AUGUCCGAUCAUUCCACUCGAAGCUCCCUCAGUGUCGAUAUGGCAACGGCCAACAAAGCUACGGCUGCGAGUAUUGACAACAUGAACCACUCGAUCGAUCCAGAAACAUGCCCUCAAAUUCAGCGCCUUGAAUUUGCUGACUAUUUGGAUGUACAAACUAGGUUGAUGUUGGUUCCUCGUAUUGAAGAGGAAGGCAUCGGUGCAGUAAUUUCAACCUUUGUUCCUUCGGUAUCCUCUCAAUCCGCAAACGAGGAUGACAAUGAUAAAAACAGGUCAGAAGGAUCGAACGAAAAUCGUGAUGAUAGCGAAACUUCUAGUGAUUUGACAGGCUUGGUUCUGAUCCGAAUGGAAUCGUCUCCAAUCAGCACUCAGCAAAAUGACGAUUGGACAGAUAUGGACUUCACUUCCAUUCUAGCAAACAUUCGACAAACCACAUCGUUUCCAAUUGUACUGGUAUUCACUCCAGGACCAUGUGACGAUGGAGCAGUGGGGACGAUAGAAGUACAACAGGGGCAGAAUAAUGAACCAGCUGAAGUUAAUAGCGACCACAAGAAUGCAGGCGAUCACGAAGAGCAAAACCCUCAGCAACAUCAACAAAAGGACUCCAUAAACUCUCUACUGUCAUGGGGGCAACGAAUGCGAGCACAGGCAUCUGUCGCGGCUAAUACUGCCGCAACAGCUGUGGCAACUGCCGCAAAGGAGCGAAUACAGAACACAACACAGCAGACAACGCAUCACCCGUCACGUGACGAACCGAAACCUUGCGACGUCUUUUAUCAGACUAGUAUCGGGGUUCUGAUUCCUGCCAACACACUAAAGGAGCCGAAAAUCAGUACCACUUCUCUGCUGUUGGUUCGUGCAUCCGCAACAAAGGCAUUGUCCACCAAGAAAGGCCAUCAAUUUCAAUGGUAUCGUUCUUCGAAAAAGGCUGUGGUUUCAGUUCCCGAUGAUUUGAAUUCUGUGACUUCUACCGUCUCGGGGAAAAACGACGGAUGUGGAGAUGUUGAAUGGAUUCCAUUGGAGGGUGCCACUUCCUCCGCGUUCCAACCGAAUGCAACAUUGGUUGGUCGACGCUUGAGAUGUCAUGUGACACUCGAGGGCGACGGUAACUCGUCUGUGGAUUCAGACGAUUCCUCCGACGAUGACGACGAUUUGAACUCGAUUGGAUCUACUGCUGACAUUGCAAUUGACUUGGAACAUCCAAUUGUUGCAGAUCCAAGUAUUUUCAAUGGAGCCAGGCAGGCACUUUCACGUGGAGCUAAAUUUGGAGGAAUAUCAGGGAGAGGAAAUGCCCAAAGCCAUAGAUUUUCCAUUGACAUUUCGAUCGGAGUUGGCAAACUACACCACAAACAGGUUGCCAUGAGCGCAGUGACGAUCCAUACAGUCUCGGGUGACGAAACGAUCAAACUGACAGAUGAGCCUAUCAAGCAAGUGACAGCCACUGCUGAUGCUUCCAACUCAAAUGAUCUUGAUCUUUUGUUUCCAGUUGUACCUGAAGAGGGAUCAAUGUUAGAAGCGGUUCUCACAGAUGGGAAGCUCUUGUUGAAGGCCUCAAAUCGGAUUACAAGGGAAUCUCUUCUGAUGGCUCUUGGAAUUGCAAAUUAUCAGGGAAGGCCUGGAAAGCUGGGCUGCAAAACACUUCUCUUUGAUGACGAUGUACAGUCACAACAGCCACGAAGCUUCAUGGACGAUGACUCGCUUUCGUCAACCGAUUGUACCACGCCGCGUAACGGUUCACAGCUAUUGUCACCUGAUAAGUCGAUAGCUUCGUCAUUGCCAUUGCAAUCCCCAGCUGCCACAAUCACAGAGUCGGUGUCCGGUGAAAGCCCCGAGAAAGAAAUGGUAUCAUCCUUGACGAACGAAUUGGAAAUGCUGCGAGCGAAGCUUGCCAGAAAAGACAAGGUUGUGUCUGAGCUGCAGCGGCAAGUAGCCAAGUCAGAAGAUGUUUACCAGCAAAUGAAAACUUCACUUGUAUCCUGCCAAGAUGAACUCAGACAAUCAAGGAGUGCGUGUCAAAAUAUGCAACAUGCAGUGCAAAGCGCAGAGACGAAAAUUGAGUCGUUCGAAAGCAUCAUGUCUGAAACCAAAUCUGCUCAUUUGGAAAACGUGAAGAGCUUGGAAGGGCACAUGUCCAAGCAAUCAGAAAAGAUCGCGGAACUUGAGAAGAACAAUAAGUCGUUACAAAAUGAAAAGGCCGUUCUAUCUGCAGCCGUGGAAGCAAGAGAAUCGAAACUUCUACGAAUGGGCGAACUCCGAUCGUCGCUGAGUGAAAUGUCAGAGCAGGUAGCAAAAUACCAUGCCCUACAAUCUGAACUUGACCAAUCAAACAAUCGGUGCGUCAACUUUGAAAAGUCACUCAAGGAGGCGAAAGAAAACGAAAUAAAAAGCCAGGCAGAUAUGCAAUCUGCGCUUGAGAAAAUAGACAAACUGACGAUAUGUGUCAAGCAAGAGGAAGAGAAAUUUGCUUCCUUAAAAAAAGAGAUGGAGCCCCUUCAGAAGAAAAACCAGCAGCUGAAGGCUGAGCGCAAUAGCUUCAAGCAGAAAAAUGACAGUUUGACAAAAGAGAUUGCACGGAUAUGCCGAAAUGGCAGAUCUGUAAAUGAGAUUGACAAAAUGUUAUCAGAUCAUGAAUCAUUGCUGGAGGAAAUCGAUCUAUUGCGAAAACAAAAAAAGAAAGCACUAGAAGAUGCGCAUCAGUAUCGAAUGGCAUACGAACAAGCAAAAGCUGCGCAAGAAAGAUCGGGAUUAGAUACGCAGACAACUUCUAUUCUCGAACGAAACGUAGAACUAGAACGACUCAUUGCAGAAAUGACAGAAUAUGUCAACGCGAAAGAGAUGCAGUUGGAGACUAUGAAACAGGUUAACGAACACCUGCAGCAAGAAAUUCACAGCCUUGCUCAGGCCAACUUCAACCGAAAUGAAGUCUAA